AAUUCAAUCCAUUAAAUACACUUUCUCAUCCAAUACACUCCUCUCCUCUCCUCAGUAUUUCCCUCGCUGAUAUCGCCGCCGUGCACCACCAUUUUCCAUCACAUACUGCGCGAUUUUUAGGGUUUCGUUUGCAGAAAAAAAUGGCGAAAAAUUCUUCAAAUUCAAAAAUUGUGACUGUGCCACUCACAUGUCCACACUGCGCUGGUCCUCUUUCUAAACAAAUGGAAACUAGUCGUUGGACUGUUCCCCCGCUUGUUAGAGACAGUUUUUCUAUGAUUGGUUCUGCUGUUGGUGGUACAACAAGUGCAUUCUAUGCUUUCAAUUAUGUGAUGCCAACUGUUCGUAAGUUUGUGAUAGGGCCAAUGUGGUUGCAUUUUCUUAUCGGAGCACCGCCAGUAAUAGUUUUAUCAUCCGCUUGUGCUGGAUUGGCAGGUGGUGCAGUUCCAGCCUUGGCUCAGCUUGCGUCUUCAUCAUAUCAUGCUGCAAUUUUAUCUUCAUCACAUUCUUCUCAGGAUGACAAGUCACACAAAUCUAGGACCUCCUCAACUUUGUAACACGUUUUUGAAUCUCGGAUAUGGUUGUGAUGAUGUUUGAGGCACCACUUUCGUGGGAAAUCCGGAUUGUUUGUGGUACUUUCGCCAGGUUGCAGUAAGCUCAAAGACCGUUACAUUGUGGUCAUGACUUGGUGAGGCGGCCGACAUACUGUGCUAUAUAGUAUACAGCUGGUUGAGGGAGAGGUGUUAGAUUGCUGCUUCUCCAUUUGGGUAUUGAACCUCUUCAGUGUGUUCAGGAUCUUGCUUCAGGACUAUCUCUGACUCUCUGGGGUGAUGCUCAAUAUAGUUUGGGUCUUAUAUUGUGGUUUCUUACAGUAAUCUUGAGCCUCUGGCCUUACAUUAUUAUUAUGUAUAUGCUUGUUUAAAGAGAAACAUUAGGAUCGAUUGUCUUUUUAUGUUUGGCUUGUUUGAGAAAACAUUAGUUGGCUAGUCUUUACCUACGUUUCAGGUCAUGGUUCGUGGGCUGAAUAACGAAUUAGGUAAAACUGCUUGACAUCACAAUAAUCAAUUAGAAUAUAUUUGGUGA